AUGAUCGCAGCACAUCUGUUUACGAAGGGUCUGCACCUAAGAGACGAGCUCAAGCGUAGCAUACAGUUUGUUUUGACCGCUUCCGAGAUCACAGCGCUGAAUGAUCUUCUCAGUGCUAACCUGGCCGGACUAUUAAGUCAAUUGGUUAUGGCCUCAGCAGACAGUCCCAAGCGAAAUGCAGACGCAAUACGUGCACUGAAGUAUACCGCCCGAGAGGUGGCUGCACACCAGCAUGAGGAUGAUGGCAG